AUGAAGCUGAUCGUCGCCGCCGCCGUCGCCUUUGUGGUGUGGCAGGCGCUGCCCAUCGAGUGGGCGCCUGCGCCAAUCACGUGGGUGCUGGCGUCGGCCGCCGCCUGGACGGCGCACCUGCAGCUGCGGUCGCGCGUGCGGCCGUGGGGUGGGCCCCUGACAGAAGGGGAGAAGCUUCUCGUCGGUUGGGGCUACGGCAGCUGUGUGUUCCUGAUGGCCCUCCUGGAGGAAGACCCCAGCUUCCAGGGGUGGGGUGACGUGUACUUCUUUUGCGGCCGCGACAUGCAGUAUUGCACCUGCGACUUCCGAUGGAACAAGAUUGGCUGGUUCAAAGCAGCGGUGCUGUGGAACUUUGUCCUGUCGUCGGCGCUGGGGGCGCAGCGCCUGCUGGUGCAGCUCGCCCUAAACGGCUUCCUGCCUGGCGAGGAGUCGGUGACGUUUGAGUCGUUCGUGUCUGUCUGCUGGCGGCUGGUGCCCUACUACCUCAACCAAUGGGAGGCCAAGUGGGGGGCAGAGUGCACGAGCAUGAUGUUCGAGCUCCCCCACUUCGCCACCGAGCUGCUAAUCGUGCUGCCCUUCGUCCAGAUCCUCGUCAAGCGCCUCAAGAUCCUCGCAGCCUCCCACGUGUCCGCCCAGCUGCCGCCGGGGCAGCCGGGCAUGCGGCUCGCGAAGCUCCUGUUUGCGCCGGACGUCAUGGCUGGCAGAUGCUUUGGUGUAUGCCGUGCAGAGGCAUAA